GUCGCUCUGCUUUCGGAGCCGUCUCACUGCGCUGCCUGUCAAACUGUGAGCAGCACAGCAGCCAGAAGGACAAACUGAGGACAGACAGACUGACGACAAGUAACCGUCCACACCCAGAGAUCACCAUCCUCACCAGCGCGCCUCGCAGGUAAAUACAGCUCCACAACAUGGACUCCACCACUGCCACACCGAUCUCCCAGGAGGAGCUGGAGGAACUCAGAGAAGCUUUCGCCAAGAUCGACAUUGACAACAAUGGAUUUAUCAGCAAACAUGAGCUCAAUGAGCUCUUCAAGGCCGCCAACCUGCCACUGCCGGGCUACAAGAUCCGAGAGAUCAUCCAGGAGUUGACGAAGACCAGCGACCAGCUCACCUUCGACGAGUUCGCCAAGAUUGUUCACGGACUGAAGAGCACCGAGGUGGCCAAGACUUUCAGGAAGGCCAUCAACAAGAAGGAGGGAAUCUGUAACGUGGCGGGAACGUCAGAGCAGACGGGCACUCAGCACUCCUACUCAGAGGAGGAGAAGGUGGCCUUUGUGAACUGGAUCAACAAAGCUCUGGAGAAGGACGCAGACUGUAAACAUGUCCUGCCCAUGAACGCCGACAGCAACGACCUGUUCACAGCCAUGGGAGACGGGAUUGUCCUCUGUAAGAUGAUUAACCUGUCUGUCCCCGACACCAUCGACGAGAGAACCAUCAACAAGAAGAAGCUCACGCCGUUCACCAUCCAGGAGAACUUGAACCUGGCUCUGAACUCGGCGUCGGCCAUCGGCUGCCACGUGGUCAACAUCGGGGCCGAGGACCUGAAGGAGGGCAGGCAGCACCUGGUCCUGGGUCUGCUCUGGCAGGUCAUCAAGAUCGGACUGUUCGCCGACAUCGAGCUCAGCAGGAACGAAGCUCUGAUCGCUCUGCUGCGAGAUGGAGAGAGUCUGGAGGAUCUGAUGAAACUGUCCCCUGAGGAGCUGCUGCUGCGAUGGGCCAACUAUCACUUGGAAGAGGCCGGAUGUCCCAAGAUCAACAACUUCAGCUCCGACAUCAAGGACUCCAAGGCUUAUUACAACAUCCUGAACCAGGUGGCACCCAAAGGAGAUGAGGAGGGGAUCCCCCCCAUCGCCAUCGACAUGUCAGGACUCAGGGAGAAAGACGACCUGAAGCGAGCAGAGUGCAUGCUGGACCAGGCCGACCGGCUCGGAUGCAGACAGUUCGUCAUGCCCACAGACGUCAUCCGCGGUAACCCCAAGCUCAACUUGGCUUUCGUGGCGAAUCUGUUCAACAAGUACCCGGCUCUGAAGAAACCAGAGAACCAGGACAUCGACUGGAGCCUCAUCGAAGGUGAAACCAGGGAGGAACGGACCUUCAGGAACUGGAUGAACUCACUGGGAGUCAACCCUCGAGUCAACCACCUCUACGCAGAUAUUGAUGACGCCCUGGUGAUUUUCCAGUUAUAUGAGAAGAUCAAGGUUCCGGUGAACUGGGACAGAGUCAACAAACCCCCCUACCCAAAACUGAGCAGCAACAUGAAGAAGCUGGAGAACUGUAACUACGCUGUGGAACUGGGCAAGAACGAAGCCAAGUUCUCUCUGGUCGGCAUCGCGGGUCAGGACCUGAACGAAGGGAAGCGAACCCUCACCCUCGCUCUGCUCUGGCAGCUCAUGAGGAGGUACACCCUGAAUAUCCUGGAGGACCUGGGUGAUGGACAGAAGGUGACAGACGACACCAUCGUAUCCUGGGUCAACGACAUGCUCACACAAGCUGGAAAACCCACCAUCUCCAGCUUUAAGGACGGGUCCAUCAGCAGCAGUAUGCCGGUCCUGGACCUGAUCGAUGCCAUCCAGCCCGGAUCGAUCAGAUAUGACCUGCUCAAGACAGAAGACCUGACCGAAGAGGAAAAACUCAACAACGCAAAAUAUGCCAUCUCCAUGGCGAGGAAGAUCGGUGCCCGGGUGUACGCGCUGCCCGAAGACCUGGUGGAGGUCAAACCUAAGAUGGUGAUGACGGUGUUCGCCUGCCUGAUGGCCCGAGGCAUGAAGAGGGCAUAAAGACCACGAAGAACUAGACACCGAACCAGACCACGAAGAACCAGACACAGAACCAGACCACGAAGAACCAGACACAGAACCAGACCACGAAGAACCAGACACAGAACCAGACACAGAACCAGACCAUGAAGAACCAGACACAGAACCAGACGAUGAAGAAUCAGACAACGGCAACGACGAGGAAAUGAGAAACUAAGAACUUCAGAUGAAAACGUGUGGUUUCAACAAUGAAAUCCCAUAAAUAUGAGGUGAACAGGGUUUGGAUCAGGGCACACAUGAGGUUUUGAUACAUAUUUACACAAUCUAAACAGUGGGGAAGUGAUCAGUCAGAACAUUUACGUACAUAUUCAUAUUUCAUUAUUAUUCUGAAUUAAACAGGUGUGUUUAAAGAGUGUUUUCUGUUUGGAUGUUCUGAAUGAGGCCUUUUUCCAACUACAUGUGCUGAUAUGAUUCCAGCUUUAUGAAGGACAUGAAGUUGAGGACAUUAAAAGAGUGUUCAUUUUCAUGAGUCACAUAAACAACUUAUUGGAUAUUUUGUCAGAAUGACGAAAAACUGGAAUAUAAUGUGCUUGUAAACAUCAUUGUGGCACCUCCAGUAGAUUUACAUUGUAAUUUAACUUUAUGGUAAAUGUACAACCAAACCCACUGUUUAAAGACUCAGAAUUAUUAUUAAUCCAUCAGAAGCACAUCUUUAAAUAGUGAUGAACUGAUAAAACCUUUGUCUGUUACAGUGUUUAUCAUUUUUCCAUGAGUCAAUAUAAUGUAUUUUAGAUCAU